AUGGCCAGCAGUUCCCCACCAGUUCCACCUGGCAUGGACGAUGUCCUAGGUGCUGCAAGCCCUGACCUGCCUGGCUUCAUGUUAUCCUCCUCUGCUGAUGAAGCUGAAAUGGGUGCUGACUCCCAUGCUGGAGGAGGGCUUCUCCUCAUGGAGUUCUCCCCGUUGAGACCUCAGUCCUAUGUGUGUUCAGCAGCGUCUCUUACAGUCAGUCCUCAUAUAGUGCAAGAAGUCAAUGACGACUCUGUCAAACUGACUUGUGAGGGAAAAUCUACUUUCUGGAAAGUGAGGAAGUUCCCUGAGAAAGACACGCCAUAUUGUGCCAAAUGGUGGCGAUCAGGAGAAUCCAUAUGCAAAAUAAGUACAAUAUAUUCAGAUGAUGGCGUGUACUGGUGUGAGUCAAUAUCAGGAGAGUUCAGCAAUGCGGUUAACAUCACUCUACAAGAUUAUUAUUCUGGUCCUAUCCUGCUGAGUCCCAUUGAUCCUGUGAAUGAAGGAACUUUUGUUAGUAUUCGCUGCAAUUUGAGAAGAAAAAAAAUACUUCCCAACGUUGUUUUUUAUCACAAUGACAAACUUGUCCAAAAUGAUACCCGAGAGGAACUGAACAUCUUGGCAGUGUCAAAGUCUGACGAAGGCUUCUACAAGUGUCUGUACUCCGGGAGAGAGUCACCAUCUCGUUGGGUGUCAGUUAAACCUGCUCUGGGACCUGAAAGCUCUUCAUCUCACGUGUCAGCCAGAAUGAAAGUCAUGACUACAGUCGUCUUCAUCCUGCCUGUGCAGAGGAACCUGGAGACAGGUGUCGAGGGGGCCAGAGAGCAGCAGCAGAGUGAAUGA